UCGCGUGAAGCUUCUGCAACUUGACAGAAUCGCAUUCCACUCCCCUUGUCCUUCCUCGUCGCGGCCGCCGGCGGCGGAGGAGGUCUCCGACGCUGAGAUGUCCGACGGAGAGGUGCUGCCUCGCCAGGCCGCGGAGGCCUUAUUCCGGGGAGCGGCGAACCGCGCCGCGCCGGGCUUGGCCGGUGGAGAGGACGAGGAGAUUUACGACGACGACAGGAGCUCCGAUGACAGCGACUACUCCUACGACGACGACGACUCCGGUGAGAGCGGCUGGUACUACGAAGACCAGGAAGAGGAGGGGGAGGAGGAGGAGCAGCAGGAGGGUGCCGGCGGGGACAGGGCCUGCGGGAGCGCGGAGGAGGAGGCUGCAUCGGCCGGCGUGGGCGGCGGCGCAGAGGCGGAUGAGAGUCCCCGGGCGGCAGCCACCUGCUGCAUCUGCAUGGAUCCAUGGGACUCCUACGGCGCUCAUCGCAUCUGCUGCAUUCCAUGUGGACAUGUCUACGGCAGAUCUUGCUUGGAGAGGUGGUUGCUCCGCUGCGGCAGCACCAGCGCCAAGUGCCCUCAAUGCUGUCAAAGGUUCAAGCACAGGCACAUCAUCAAUCUCUACUCGACGGGGCAUCUCUGGAACGAUUCCUACAACAUGCAGGCUCUCUGUUAUAUCACUUCUGUUCAAUGAAGAAUUAUUUAUUGGUCACCAACUGCAGAUUUUAUACCACCAAGAGCUGUCUAGUAUUCCAUCCCUGCUUCUUACACUAUUAUGUCAUGGAACUAUGGGAUGGAUCUGUGUGGCACUGCACUUUUUAGCUUAUCCACUACCGGAAUAAUUGUGUA